AUGACUUUUCCGGUUACUGAAUUUAUGCACCCAGACACUCCACAAAUGCAGCAUCAUAACCCUCCAUUUUCAAAUCUCUUUCAACCGAAUAAUACUCCUUACUUUCCAGAUCCUCCUGCAUAUAUGCGCAUGCAUCAACAGAUUCAAGCUCUGGUGAGCGAAAACAAGACUCUAAAGCAGCAGAACAAUGCAUUAUUAGGAUCUCAAGAUGCAUACAAAAAUGCCUUCACGAUCCUCGCAACCUCAAUUUCCCUUGAUGUCGGUGACUCGGACAUUGCUAAGUUCUCCGGAAUCCCACCUGGUGCGAAACAUGCUAUCUACAAGCCCUCAUUUCACGAGCAAAAGCGUGCCGAACCCCUUCGCCAGAAUGGUGACCCAGUCCAAAAGUUCGAGGUAUCUCGCAUCACGAAGAGUUUGAGAAGCUGCUGGGCUGCCUUAAAGCAAGAGAACCGAGCUCCCGAUACCUGGGGCAAGGCCGGAAACAAGAUUCUCGACGAAGUUGCAGAGGAGAUGGCACAUUUGCACCCUAUUCUUGCCUUAUGCGAAAACGGAUGGAAGUCUCAAAUCACUGGCGAUAAAUCUACUACUCUCUCCGAGUCUCAGGCGAAACAGGACACACCAGUGCUGAAAGACAUUACCACGACUCCCAUCCUCAAUUUGCAGAAUGGUUCAAAAAGCGAUAUCGGCACUUCCGAGCAGGAGCAGCAGUCUAACGAUACGCAACAGCCACCAUCUAUUGAAGCAUCGACUCCUUCCCCGCAGCCUGGGCCUGUGUCUCUUCCUGUGCCCCGUGUUUCACUAACUCAGAUUACUACCCAUGACACGAGCAACUCUCCAGAAGCUUCAUCCCAUGCAAACACGGCAGGUACCACCUCUCAAGACCGUCUCAAUCAUAGCAAUGACACUGUCAACACGAGCACUGGUAUUACUGAGGGCACAGAAACACCUGUAGAAGUAACAUAUGGAACCAUGACCUCCUUCCCUGUAAUCAAGAACCCUCUUGCGAAGCUUGCUGAGCGAAAACGCGAAUCAACUGUCCCCAAUCCUGCAGUGACCCCGUCCGACGUGCCUGCCUCGUUGUCUGCACCCACGCUGCCACCUAAGGACAUGCCUGUACCCGCUGCAUCAGCCGCUGUCGAGUCGGCGGCAAGCGCUAAAAAAUUUCAACCCGGUACAUCUAAAAAUGGAAGGUCACUCUGCGCACACCGAUGGUUGAAGCAGAUCGCUGCAAAUGGCUCAUCGGCCAAUUUCAGGAUUUACUGGUCUGGCCUGACGAAAGAGAAGCAGGUGGCUUAUGAAUCCGACGCGCUGAAGCUGGUCAAGGACGAUAUAUGGAACGGCAAUACAGUCGACAUCAUCAGCAAGAUCUCUUCCGGCACCCUACACUAG